CGUGUAAAGGAAGGAGUUUAAAGCACAUUUAGAGCAAGACUGUCUAUUCUCCCCCAGGUGGUUGCUAAAUUAAUGUUAAUUACUGCUCUGCAGCCCUAAGCCGCUUGUUUUGGGGAGACGCCAGCCCAAAGCACUCCCGUUAGCUGCGGACCUCCAGCGGGACGAGGGCUGGGGCAGCCACUUCUCGUUCAGGUACCGAGUGAAAGCAAGGCGUGAAACGCAGAUCUCCCAUUCCAGGACACGCUGUUCACCGUGAGCGAGGCGGCCCCGCCGAACACUACCGCAGCCGAGCGCACGGGGGAAGACGACAGGAGAAUGAAGGUGCAGCCGCCCCCCAUCCCCAUCAUGCCCAGCGCGGAGAGUGCCGGGAACUGUAGUUCCACGGGCGCGGGGCCCCCUUCCUCCUCUGCUUCCCCGAAGAGCGCGGCGGCUCCGCCAGACCCGCUGCGGUCUCGCGGCUUCCCAGCGGGCAGACCCGCUCGCCUCAGCCGGGCAUGCAGCCGCUGCUGCUGCGGCUUCUCCCCGCGCUCUGCCCGGCGCGGCCGGCGGCGGCCCGCGCCCUGCUCGCCCGGCGGGCUGUGCCCGCGCUCCCCAUGGCGCUGCGGCCGGCGGCGGGAGAGGGACGGGCCGGGGGCGAUGCCUCCCGAGCAGCCGGCGCGACCCGGGAGCACGAUGGGCUUGAAAAUGUACAGCAAAAGAAAAUCUUUAAGGAGAAUAAGACACAACAGAGAGAAGAGCCAUGUGCUUCCGAUUCAGUAGACUCUCUAAUGGCAGAAAUGCCAUUUCUUGACACAGAUAUCGACGAUGAAUGUGUUAUGCAUGCAACCUCUGAAAUAAAUAUUAAAAAGAAAAGAAAGAGGACUACUGGAAGGGAAAUUGAAGAAGGCAUCGAGAGGAAGAAGAAAAAGGAUAAACAGUAUCAGCCGAAUUAUUUCAUUUCUCUUCCAAUUACUAAUCCACAGAUUACUGUCAGUAUUCAGGCUGUCCAAGAUGCAAUAAUACAAAAGGAUCAAAGGCUUUCCAAAGCAAUGGUUCGCUCUGGCUCAUUGCAUGUCACCAUGUUAUUGAUGCAUUUAUCCAAUGAAGAAGAAAUUAGCACAGCAGUUGGUGCUCUUUCAGAGAGCAAGGUUUUUCUAGAAGAUCUCCUGAGAGGAAAAAGAGUGGAUUUGUCUUUUCAAGGAAUUGAUCACUUCAGAAAUCAAGUUGGAUUUGUGAAGUUGGUAGAAAAUACAACUAUACUUAUGGAAAUAGCAGAGACUAUGAAGAAGAUAUUUCAAGAAAAGGGGAUCUUGGCAGGAGAAGAAAAAGCUUUUAAACCACAUCUGACCUUCAUGAAGUUGUCAAAAUCAAUGGAGCUACGUAAGCAGGUGAAAAAAAUUGACUCCAACCUGUAUGAAGAUUUCAAAAGCCAUUAUUUUGGAAAUGAAAUCUUGCACCGCUUUGAUCUUUGCUCCAUGUUGAAAAAAAAGCAACCAAAUGGUUACUACUACUGUGAGUCCUCUAUUGUUUUUGUCCAAACAGAACUCUCCUUUGAAUUACUUUUACAUGAGCACUACAUCUGGCUUUCUCCUAGACAUAGUAUUUGAAUGGAUGUUCUUCACUGAUACCAGACUAAGAAAAUGCACUAUUAUUAUCCUCAUUUUUUCAUGGACUUAGAUGCAUCUUGGUGAAAUACAUGCAUUUAAUUUUUUGGUUUUGUACAUGUCAAUAUAUAUAUUUCUUAAAGCAAACAAAUGAAGGAAAACAGCGUUAUUGAAACAGAGUUUAAAUGACUUGUUUUUUCAUUUCAAAGAAGAAGAUAAAAUUUUAAUGAAUUUUGAAAAAUAAAUUUUAAAAUGUUUUAAAAUGUAAUCUGAAUAGAGUUUUUUAGUAACUUUAGGUAGCUAGGACAUAAAAAUAAAUACAGGAGGGAGUUAAUGCAGUUCUAUUAAUACAUUAGAAAUAGUGACAUUUGAAAAUUACUUAAUACAGACAAAACACUCUAUCCUGGUCUAGUUCUUUCUACACGUACAUGCACUCAAGCAAUUAUCUUCUUUCCUUGAAAUGCACAGAAAAUACAGAAACAGAAUUGACUUCUUUUUAUCUAGAGUUUGGUCAGACUUGAAUGUUACUCAUCUAAUAAGACGAAAAGAUCUAAAAUCCGGUUAGAAUUAAUGUUAAAAAUCCAUACACAACAAAGACUUGCAUACUACUGUGGCCUGGCAGCCAGGAGGGCCAACCAUGUCCUGGGGGGCAUCAGGCAAAGCAUCACCAGCUGGUUGAGGGAGGGGAUUGUCCCGCUCUGCUCUGCACUGGUGUGGCCUCACCUUGAAUAUUGUGUGCAGUAUUGGGCACCACAAUAUAAGAAAGAUACUAAGCUAUUAGAGAGUUUCCAAAAGAGGACAGUGAGGAUGGUGAAGAGUCUGGAGGGGAAGCCAUAUGUGGAGCAGGUGAGGUCACUUGGUCUGUUCAGCCUGGAGGAGACUGAAGGGAGGCCUCGUUGCAGUCUACGGUGUAAUGAGGAGAAGCAGAGGGGCAGGUACUGAUCUCUUCACUCUGUAGACAGUAUGAAGUUGUGUCAGGUGAAGUUUAGUUUGGAUAUUAGAAAAAGGUUUUUCAGCCAGAGGGCAGUUGAGCACUGGAAUAGGCUCCUGGAACAGGGAAGUGGUUACAGCACCAAGCCUGUUCAAGAAGAGUUUGAAAAACACUCUCAGGCACAUGGGGUGAUUCUUGGGAUGUCCUGUGUAGGGCCAGGAGUUGGACUUGAUGAUCCUGAUGGGUCCCUUCCAAUUCAGCAUAUUCUAUGAUUAUCUGGCUAAUAAGCCAGCACAUAUCAGCUGCACAUUUUAAAAGCAUAUUUAAAAAUAUGGGAACCAAAAGAGAUCGAUAUGAAUAAAGGCACAAGUAAAACACCUGCUGAACUGCAUCAAUAUGCACAGCAGGUAAUCAGGCUUUUACAGUAUGUUACGUAGCAGCAUCCACUAUCUUCAGCAGAGCCUACAUCUGAACCAGAAGUUUUCUCUACAUCUGUGUGCCAGCCCCACAGGGUAUGUAUUCAGGAAUUAAAAAUUGAUGUCACAGUAAGGGUAAUGUUGAAGCUUCACACUCGAAGUAGAGUUCAGUUUACUGUUUAAAGCAAACAAAACAGCAAGCCAACAGUGUCCUUCUCCAGACUACCUACCUCAUGGCAGUUGUUGUAUGUCACCUCAAAUCCCAAAGAAGACUAUUGAAUGCUGGAAUGAGUUGAGCUUCUCAAUAUAUACUCCUUCACCUGAAUAAUAGGUCAAUUCUUUAUAUCAUGGUAAAGAUGUUCAGUAGACCCUCUGACCGUCAAAGGGAGCAUUACAUAAAUCUUCUUAUGUCAAAUAUGCCUUUAGCAUUAAGUAUCUCACUUAAAUAUUUUCAGAAUCCAUUAAUGAAGAUUUUUGUAGACUUGUUUCAAAGAAAAUUUGUGUAUAGUAAUAUAAUGUAAAAUGAGAUUGUAUACACAUUAAAGAAAGUUGUCACAUGCCAA